CCAGUAACAGCAUUCUUUAGCCAUGUGAUCACUUCAUUCGCUACAUCUCUACCCCGCUAUGCACGUGGGUGUCCACAAAUCUGGACUUCCUUCCCCCUUACGUUGCGGAUCAGCAGGAACAUCGACGCGACACUAAAGCUUCUUCACCCCGGUGGCGUAGCCGCUACAUCUCAGUGGCGUUUUUCUUCUAGGUAUAUCUAGUUUGAAUAUCCACCGAAAAAACCACAGCUGUCGCUCGCCACACAUUACGACUAUCGACAAUAAGCGCGGGACACUGAGAGGCACUUCCAGCUGGACGCCGCAACACUCUUCGUAUACUCGUUCUCCAAUAGCUUUUGUCAAUUACGAACAUGCAGCGCGACGACCGUGUUCCCCUUAAGGAGAUAUAUGACACUCCGGAAGCUCUUCACGAAAGAGUAGAGCGAAUCAUCGACCUAGCACUUUAUGAAGAAUCAUACGACUCGCCGCUUAGACUUCGAUUUGUUACGCCCGUGUCUCGCGAGCAAUGGCUUGCAAACGACAAUUAUAAUGAAUACCGGCUUACCACUCCGGACGAGCACCAGCAUGAUAUGGACUACGUCACCGUGUCUUACUGCUGGAAGCAUACACCGUCUCUACAGGGUCUGCCUCCAAUAUCACAAUAUCGUAUAUCGAAAUCUUCGGAAGAUACGCCGUGCGAACCGAGCCCUAUUAGCUGCCCAAGACUUGUCUUCCAUCGUGCUAUGUUGUUCGCGCGAUCUCGUGAAUGCCAGUUCGUCUGGAUUGAUCAGGAGUGUAUCGAUCAGGCUAGUUCUGUCGAUAUCCAGUUACAUCUGAAGGUUAUGCAUCAUAUUUACGAAGAGAGCAAGUGGACUGUCGCAGUCCUGUCAGUCGCGAUAACGGAUCAUUCCCUGCUCGAAUGUUUCGUAACGUACCUCUAUUUCGAAGAGGCAGAGAGAGAGGCGGAAAGGAAUCUUGCUAAACUGUUAAGCAAAACAGGUGACCAUACCAGUGAUUAUGCCCAGCGUGUUCAAGGAGCCACCACGUUACUACACUAUAUCACACAAAUUCCAGGGUUACGAGUACUACCGAUUCACACCUGGCAUACACAGAAACCUCACUACCUCUUGGGACCGUGCCACGUCUCAGCACGGCUGUUACGCUAUAUUCAGAGCAAUUCAAGACUACGAAAAUCUGGUUGUCGCAGAUCGCAUUGCUAUUUUCGGUGUCGUAUGCGGAUUUCGAUAUCGGCUUGUAUCGAACAUACUUCACGGCGCCACAUUCAGAUUCAGCGCAUGUGUUAUCGCUUUACUGCUUGCAAAUAUGUACGUUGACCGUAGUAGACGCUUCGAAGUAUUGAAGUGGACAUGGCAGAAUCUUGGAAGGUAUCCAACAGCUACGCCCGAUCUUGGGACUUGGAUAUUCGUCUUGCUCGAUAGCAGCUACCGCUUUUCCAAUGACCAUGCCCCGAAAGUCCGUGCCAG